AUAAUAAAAAUAUAUACCUCAAUGAAUAAUAAUAUUAAUAAUAAUAUGUUUACGGCUUAUCGAUUUCGGACGGCUUGACGUCACGAACGUACUGCGUUCGUCGUUAUCAAUACUUUAUCAAAAACUCCACAGAACGAUUAAACAUAUGUUCAUUGUUCAAUGUUCAAGCUUUUCACUCGACUCGCUGUGUUGUAACUCGGACUAUAGUUAGAUUCCUCCUAGUUGAUUAUUAUUUUAUUUUACUGGUGUUUUGUAUGAUUGCUAAUAAUAACCGUUUACCCAUGUAAAAUGCGAAAAACUGAAUACAUUUCCCAUCGAAUUCUGUACGAUUCGUUUUGGAGCUGAGAUUUUGCUGGACCUACAAUAGCUAUAUUGAACAACUGGAGCACGCCAAACUGUUGUUCGAUUAGAGUUUAACGAUCCGAUCGCGUCUUGCUCAUAAAUGCCGAAGUAACUCUAUGACAGAUUCCAAUAUUAGGUAUAUUUUGUAUUACAAAAUAUUAAUUUUUGUCAAAAAUGAGUCGUCAACCAGAAAAUCAUAUCAUGGAUAUUCCUCCUCCUGUAUAUACAAAUGUUGCAAAUAAUACUCAAACAGUAGAAUCAGAAAAUAGAAAUGUUGAUACAAUACAGCAAAAUCCAGUUCAUGUACCGAUAUCACCACAGCAUUAUGAUGCACAGCCUCCUAGAUUAGACUUUUCAGCCCCCCCACCAUAUGAAGACUGUAACCCAGAUUUUGUAAAGCUACCAACUUAUGAAGAAGUGCAAAUGGAAAAGCGAUUGGAAGGAGAAACAUCUCCAAGAUUACCUGGAAGAGUUAUUGGAGGACCUCCUAGCAUAGGACCAUUACCACAAGAAAUACCUGCACAAACAUUGACUGUUCUUACGAUUGAUGCUGCACCUAAUCCGUGUGAAAUUGAUACUAAUUUAUUAGGCACAGACUACAUGUUUUUAACUGCUUUUUUGGUGGCUUUACUAUUCAAUUGGGUGGGUUUCUUGGUAUUAAUGUGUUUAUGCCAAACUGUAGCAGCUCGUUAUGGAGCACUUGCUGGAUUUGGAUUAUCAUUAGCAAAAUGGACGAUGAUAGUUAAACGAAAUACUGAGAUGUCUGAUUUAUCACCAGAAAGUCGUUCAAAUACAUGGCUUUGGUGGUUAGUAAUGGCUUUUGGAUUUUUAAUUUGUAUUCGUGCUGUCAUACAAUACAUGAAUAUCAAACGUGGUUGGAGGCUGCUUAGUGUUCCUGCACAAGAACGAGUGUUAUAUUUUUAUUAAAUUUUUGAUCUGAUGGUAAAGUAAAGUAAAGUAUGUGAAAUAUUUA